CACGACUCAACGGCGUCACCCCAGCCAGCCAUCUCCGGCCAUUUCCACAGUGCGAGUCGCUUCGAAAGGUGUUACGGACGUGUGGUGAUCCACUUCACUUUGGUUUUUAAUCGUGUGUUUCACUGGAAGAGUAUCAUAUUGGACGCUGUUCUUACUUGUGCAGCAAUGCCUCCAAAGACAAAAAUUUUUGUUGGCAAGUUGCCUCCAACUUGCAAGGAUUUUGAACUUCGAAAAUUAUUUGAAAGAUAUGGUGAGGUUACAGAAUGCUCAAUUCUCGGCAAUUAUGCAUUUGUUCACAUGAAAACAGAGGACCAGGCAGCAGCAGCAAUCAGAAAUUUAAACAAUUGGGAUCUGAAUGGCUUCAAAAUCAGUGUUGAGCAAUCUACAGGUGAAAAGAGAGCUGGUGGAGGGAUGGGUGGUGGUCGAGGUGGUAUGGGCGGAUUCAGAGGCCGUGGUGGACCCAUGAGAGGUCGUGGCAUGCCACGUCCUGGUCCAUAUGACAGAAGACCUCCAAUGGGCGAUAGAUUUGGUCCUCCUCCUCCUGGCCCACCUCCAGCACCUCCAAUGAGAAAUGGAUAUUAUGAUGAUUAUGAAAGACGUGACAGACGGCCUCUGCCACCCCCAGGAAGUGGUCUUGAUAGACGUCCACCACCUCCCCCAAUGCCAAGGGAACCAGCUUACAGAGACCCUUAUGACAGAUAUGAUUCAUAUGAUCGUAUGCCCCCACCACCUAUGGGUAGACGGACACCACCCCCAAUGGACCGAAGACCACCUCCAAUGGGCUAUGACCGAAGAGAUGAUCCUUACAGUGAUAUGUAUGGGCCAAGGGCAGACCGUGAUAUUUAUGGAGGUGGAAGGGAUAUGUUCCCACCUCGUGGACGCUCCCCACCUAGACGUAGUCCACCCCGUCGCUACCCCGGUCCUCCCCGUGACAUGCCCCCCAGACGCUUUUAGAUGCCAAGUAGAGGCUGACUGCAACGUGUGCAUGCACCCGCCGAUAAUCAGAUCUUGGUGGCAGAGAUGCAUAGUUCCAACACGGAAGUUCUUGGAAUCAUGUUAGCGUCUGAACAAUACUGAUGAUUGGAUACUUAUAUAUAUAGCGUAUAUGAACAAAAGAACCUAAAGUCUCAUGAUGUUUCAAGGUUACAAAACCUGAAGAUCGUUAAUGUUUACCCAAUGUGUAAUGCGUACCAAUAAAUCUUAUUUUUAAGGAAACCUAAAGAGAA